UGUUGUCCUCUAAUGGUGUUGAUUGUCUAAGUUUACCUCUUUUGAAUAUUCCCUAUUUUUGGGAAUUUCUUUCUCUGAAAUCUUUUUUUUUGUUUUUGGAUAUUUAUUGUUAGAUUGUCUGAAAAAAGAAGGAAUUUGUAAGGUAAUUUAGGAUAGGAGAGAGGUUCUGAGGAACGUAUAUAACAGGACUGGAGAAUUUUCCAUUUUAAAAAACGGCAGGCGGAAGGCGGAAGGGUUAAAAAAGCGAAAUUAUGCGGAAGCGGAAGAAAAUCCAGCCCCGGUACACAGCAAGAAAAAUUGUUAUUUUGUUGCAUUCAAGUGGAAGGGGUCAAGGUUUGUUCAACGGCCGUUAUUGCUUACUUGAAUUCCACGUACCUGGAGCGGUUAUUCGACCUGAACAAUGUCCUGAAAAGGGAACAGAUCCAUUAGAAGUUGUGCUUGGAAUUUGUUUACCUGCAAAUUGUUCAACAGAAGAAACUCAGGGACUUGUUGAAUAUGUUGCCGAGCAUCACCCAAUCCAAGUAAAUUGUCAACCACCAGGGCAAUGGCCCCUUGUCGGUAUUAUUUUGGUUGGAAUUUUGCUUCUUUGGUUGUCUCUUUUGUUGUUUGUUUCUGCCUUUCGUUGGUUUCAUCAUUUACAAUUUCCUCCGAUAUUUGACGCUUUUUGUCUUCAAAUACAUUUAAGGCAUUCUCUUAGGACAACACAACCAAAAGACAAUCAACGUUUUCAAUCAAUUCAUGGAAUUCAAGUUAUUGCUGCCUCUUUAUUGGUUUUAGGCCAAUCUCAAGUACUUGUCCUUCCUUAUUUGGAAAAUACUGGCCAUCAUUAUGCUUUAUUGGAAAAAUGGCCGGCACAAAUUGCCUUAAACCCAACUUUAUUAGCGGACACUCUUUUAGCUUUAGAUUUAUUUCAGUUAGCGGUAAAUGAAAGUAAACGAUGUCCUAAACGUUCACUAAUUCAAAUUGUUUGGAGAAGAUUUCUUAGAAUCUGGCCAAUAUAUGCAUUAAUAACGCUUUCAAUGGCUUUUGUAUUUGCCCAUUUGGGUGAAGGGCCAAUGUGGUCUAGAACUGAUAUUGCAAAAAGAUGUUCAAAUAAUUGGCCAGAAAAUAUAUUUUUUAUACAAAAUUUGUUGGGAUAUUCUCAUACUUGUUUAAAUUUUGGCCAUUUAAUAUCAUUAGAAGCUCAAUUUAUUUUAUUUUUAUUUCUUCCAAUUUUCUAUUUAAUUUCAAAUGGAUAUAGACGUUCAAUUUUAAUUUUGUUAAUUUCUGGAUUAAUUCUAAGCAAUUUAUUAUUUUUAUUUUUUGGAUUUUUAUUUAAAUUUCCCCCAACACUUAUUCCACAUUUGAGAAUGGAAAUUGAAGAUUUUGCACCUUUUGCUAAUUUUUUGGUAAUUAAUGUUUAA